AUGCCUUCAGUUCCUCUCUACCCUCAAUCCGCCCUGCUCGACCCCGAGUCGGCGUCGAAUGCCCACAACGCCCUCCCCCCGCUCCUCCAAACGCCCUCCGGCCUCGCCAUCCUCGAACUCCAAGGCACAAUCAACGUACCUGCUGCAUCUAGUGCAACCGAAAGCGACAAUGCAGAACAGUCGCCGGAGGAGCCAACAAUUCGUCCUCAUUCACAAUGGAAAACCAUCGAGACAGAACUCGGCAAACUCAUGUUCCCAGACUACUCUGACCUAGACCCAGACAAUACAAAAUGGAUGAAACGCGUCUACUUGUACGCGGGACACUACCAACGUAUGACAGGCGAAGUCAAGAAACUGGCGAAACCUCUUGCUAUCAUACAGCGACGACGGAAGUCAACGACGACUGCACUAGCGCCGAGCGAGAUGGAUCAAGUCGAUGCAACAAAGGACGAACUUGAGAUUGUGGAAAUUGUUAAAUACAAGAUAAUUUUUGCCUCGAGGCCGGAACCUGUCGGAUUUGAAUGA